AGGGACGGAGGGAGAAAGACCGAUCAGAUCUCCGGAGAACUGUGUUCUUUCUUCUAAUUUUCAUCAACGCUCUCCCAUCUCCGCUACCAUGGCGCCGAUAAACGGAUCCAAACCGCUCGUUUUGUUAUUUUUCGUGGAGCUAUGUGUUUCACUGUUCUCCACGGCCGGCGCGAUUUCGCCGGCUUAUGGAGAUGGCUACACUAUAUAUGGUCGGGUGAAGAUCCCCCAAGGUCUUGGUGUCAAAGGGUUUGCCUUGCCUGGAAAAAUUUCAAAUGUAAAAAUUUUACUCAACGGUGGACAAAAUAUUACUUUCCUGAGACCUGAUGGCUAUUUUUCAUUCCAUAAUGUGCCAGCAGGGACACAUUUAAUUGAAGUGGCUGCAGCAGGUCAUUUCUUUUCCCCGGUUCGAGUUGAUGUUAGUGCCAGAAACCCAGGCAAGGUUCAGGCAGCAUUGACAGAGAACAGAAAGGGUCUAAGCGAGUUGGUUUUAGAGCCAUUGCAUGAGGAACAGUAUUAUGAGAUUAGGGAACCUUUCUCCAUAAUGUCUGUUGUGAAAAGCCCAAUGGGUCUCAUGGUGGGAUUUAUGCUGGUGUUUGUAUUUCUCAUGCCCAAAUUAGUUGAAAAUAUGGAUCCUGAAGAAAUGAGGAGAGCACAAGAAGAAAUGAGGAACCAAGGAGUUCCCUCUUUGGCAAGCUUGCUACCAGGAGCUGGAAGGAGUUAGAUAUUCGACAAGGAAUUGUAUUCACUACGUUCUGCAGAUGAGGUGCAGUUCCAAGUUCGAACAACGUGCUUGGAGCAUUCCACACUGUUUAGCCGAAUGGUCUUCUAUGUGAUUACCUGCUUUGGCUAGGUAGCCAUAGAAGGUUGCAUUCUCCAUCCUCAGUGGAGAUCAAUGAUUUUACUCUUUUUACAUUGUUGACUAUAUUGAGGGAUUUAAUGUGUCUGAAAAUCAGAUAAAUGUUUAUAUGUUUUUAUGUUGAGAUUCUGUACUAAUUUUAUUGUUUAAACAUCAUAAUUUUUUGUCUUUGCUUGCGAGUUUAAACAAUUUCCAUUUUUAACUGUUUUCCUGUUGGAAUGAAGCUUGCCUCAUUUU